GUUCCUUGGUUGGUGUGUAUGUGAGAGUGAAGUUACCGUUACCAUACUACUAUGUGUGUGUCUUAUAUUACAGCAAUGCUGCCUGCACAUCAGUGGCCAGAGAGAGGGGAGAAGGGAGGAAAAGCCUGUUUACACAGACUGCAAACCGCCUGGGGAAUAAUGCAGGAAAGGAAGUGAGCCGGCUCUCUGUCUGACUGCUCCAACUUCCUGCUCUCUCUCUCUCACUCUCGCACACACACCAACCAAGGGGGGGGGUGGAAGAGAGAAAGAAACAAGGGGGGAAAUCAGGAUCUCAUUACAAGACCAACAGAGCGUUUUAGAGGACUGUCAGCAUGGAAAACCGGGGGAUUUUACACCGCUCCCUUUAAGUCGGCCAGAAGAGGCUGGAAAAGCCCACCAGGCUCUGGGCAUGGAGAGUGCAAUCACGUUGUGGCAGUUCCUGUUGCAGCUGCUUCUUGACCAGAAGCACGAGCACCUGAUUUGCUGGACAUCCAACGAUGGUGAAUUCAAGCUACUUAAGGCAGAAGAAGUGGCUAAGCUGUGGGGACUCAGAAAAAACAAAACUAAUAUGAAUUACGACAAGCUGAGCAGGGCUCUGAGAUACUACUAUGACAAGAACAUCAUCAAGAAGGUGAUUGGGCAGAAAUUUGUGUACAAGUUUGUGUCAUUCCCUGAGAUUUUAAAGAUGGAUCCACAUACUGUGGAAAUCAGCCGGGAGAGCCUUUUGCUGCAGGACAGCGACUGCAAGAUACCUCUUGAUGGCAGAGAACAACACAAGCAUGGCCUGUCAGUCCUGAAAAGCACCAGCCGUAACGAAUAUAUUCAUUCGGGGCUGUAUUCAUCAUUCACCAUCAACUCACUGCAAAACCAGCCAGAUACUCUUAAGCAGAUCAAAACCGAGAAGCUGGAGGAGAAACUGGAAGAAACCACACCAUUGGAAGAAGUCCGGACUGUUAUAAGAUUUGUGACAAACAAAGCAGAUAAGCAAGUCAUGAGGCCAAUUGUGUCAUUGCCGUCAACAUCUGAGGCAGCUGCCGCUUCUGCUUUUUUAGCAUCAUCUGUCUCUGCAAAGAUAUCUUCAUUAAUGUUGCCCAAUGCAGCCAGCAUCUCAUCAGCAUCACCACCUUCCUCCCGGUCACCAUCUCUGUCUCCUAAUUCACCCCUCCCCUCAGAACACAGAAGCAUCUUUUUGGAGUCCAGUUGUCAGGAUUCUGAUUCUCUUGAGCCACUGAACCUUUCUUCAGGAUCCAAGACAAAAUCAUCUUCUCUUCCCCCAAAGGCUAAGAAACCCAAAGGCUUAGAGAUCUCACCACCUCCAAUGGUUCUUUCGAGCACUGACCUCGGCUCUAUUGCCCUCAACAGUCCUGCACUCCCAUCGGGAUCUCUGACUCCAGCUUUCUUCACUGCCCAGACCCCAAAUGGAUUGCUGUUGACCCCAAGCCCAUUGCUUUCUAGCAUUCACUUCUGGAGCAGCCUUAGUCCUGUCGCUCCUUUGAGUCCUGCCAGGCUGCAAGGACCAAACACUUUGUUUCAGUUCCCAACUCUGUUAAAUGGUCACAUCCCAAUGCAAAUUCCCAGCUUGGAUGGGGCCUCUUCUCCAGUUCUCCUUUCUCCAAAUGCUCAUAAAUCCUGAUGUCUCAAGCAAAUUAAGGACUCGCUAACAAACUGGAUUUAACACAGCCACUCUGAUGGGUUCCAUUUUUCUGGUGACACCAGGAGGACAUGAUGAAACCCUCUUUUCCUAUGGUUUGCACUUUUCAUUACAUGGAUGAUCUACUUGUAUGAUGUUUAUUUAGCAUUUUUAAACAGUGGGGUUUUUUGUAUAAGAAAAUCUGUUGUGCAUUAAAAAUGAGUUAUAAUUUUUUAUAUCCUCGCUCUCCAAGUGUUGAACACUGUUUGUUAAUGAAGUACCUUUCUUAACAGAUUUCAAAACAGUAUCUAAAGGAUGUGAACUUUUAAAUUCUGUAUUUCUGCAUUUUAUGCACCAUGUUUGUGUAAACUGUAACCGGCUGUGCCUUCUUUUGCAUAAUGUUAUAUAAAUGGUUUAUAUAUAUUUCCAGUAUUAAGAUAAAGGUUGAAAAGGAACCAAGUAUUGAACACCCCUGCCCCCUACUAGUGUUUCAGUAUUUCCCUUCUGGCAGGCCAUAAUGGUGCAGUGUAUUCAUGUAAUUUUGAAUUAAGUGCUUUCCAGUUAUAUAAAGAAUCCUAUUUCCUUGCUGAAUUGAGGGGCCAUAAUAAAUGUUUUGGCCAGUAACUGCAUUUAAGAAUAGGACACUAUUUAGAUAUAGGUGCUUGAAUCCUUCUCUGUGGUAAGAGGAACAUAGCCCUAAAAUAUCUACAUAUUUUGAGGGCAUUCUUGAAUUAGAGAAUAUAACCUUGCUCAGUACCAUUCAUUUUCAUACAUUCAUCAGAUACUUAGAAGACAUUUCAAACUGAUCUUUAUUUUCUUGACCAUCCUCAAGGCAUCAAACCUUUCAGGAUUUGUUUUAGGGGUAUUGUUAAUCAGGAAUGGGGAGCAAAUGGCUCCAGUUUUGCACGACCAAAGGUUUAAAAAAAACAUAGGAAGCUUUUGAGCACUUUGGAAGGGUUUCUGGUGAUCAUGAUUGCCAAAAUGAUCAGUUUAAACUUGUGGUGAGUUUAUCAAAAACCAUGAAGCAAACACGAUGAUACCCAGAACAAUGCUUAGAAUAAUGCUUUCAAUAUUCCUUUUUCCUGUAUUGACCUGAUAUUUGAAUUUGGAGAUUUAACACCAGGGCUCUCAGACUCACCAGCAGGUCAGACCAAGUAACGGAGCUUGUCAAAGCAAAUGCCACAACUGGUUCUCUGAAGAUGAAUUACAACAUGAGAGGAGAAUCAUACAAGUGUGCGUAGUAUUAUCAAAGUAAGGCUGUUGUGUGCAUCAGCUACAAUCUGCAAGAUAGCCCAUGCAUGCAGAUUUUAUGAAUAUUUGAACUACAUCCAGAGAGAGAAAAUAUUCAAGUUAAAUGAAGGAUCCCAGCUGAUGUCAUCUGCCCAGAUUUGCUCAUCUGAUGAUUCAUAUGAGCUGUGGUGCUAACUCUAUGCAGAGCCAACUUAAUAAUACAACCUAGCUUGAGAGGUGCUGAUACUGUUGGUCUAGAAAUACACAGACACUCUGGUGCUGUAGCAGGAAAGAUAAAAUUGGGGCCUUCUGGGCUGUCAAAUUGAAACCUACAUAAGUGUCUUCAAACAAAAGAUACCAAAUGACUAGUGCACUGCACUGGUUCUUGUCGCAUUUCACAUGCUUUCACAUUUCACAUUGUAUCACAGCAAAGCUUAAUCUUUAUUUUUUUCUCCCCUUCAGUUUUCACAUUCAGUAUGAUGUUCUGUAGAUUUUCCCAUCUAUGUUCACCACCCUCUUCUCUCUUUUCAGGAUGCCUGAUUUCCAAUUGCCAGUUGCCAUAUUCUAGAAAACACAUCACUGAAUAUGCUCUUUCUUGGCACUUAGAACUCUAUUGACAAGUUCUUGGGGUAUCUGGACACCCUAUUCUGAAUAUGCUCACUUCUACAGACAAAUCUUCCUUCUUGAUUCACCCGAUAACAUAUUCUGUUUACGUUUUCAAUGUUGUGCUGCCUUGUCUACCUUGAAUUGCAGGGAACCAAAACAGCUAUUACGCACCUGGGGAACAGUGACUACUAAAACAUGUAUCUUGCUAACAUCUUAAAUUCUGGUGGAUGAUGGAACUUGAUGAAGAGCCACCAUAACAAGAACCUUUAAAAAGAUCAAGGACCAAACAUAAGCACUACACUUUUCUGUAAUUUGCAAAACAAGAAAUGCUCUAAGCUUUAGCAACCUCCACUCUAAAGGGAGUAAUAUAAAGGCAUACUAAAAGGAGUAAUAUAAAGAUAUAUUAACAUACUAGCUGUGGUCUAGAGACCUUGAUAGUUUCCAUUACUAAAAGAGAAAAACUAGCACUAACAGACCAACUAUUUUGUAGCAAUGGUGGUUUGUAAAUAAAAUGGUAGAUAUUACGUACUAAUCCAUGCAAAGUAAACAUGAAUUUCAAGGUAGAAAGCUUGGAAGACUGCUCAUUAAGUAGUUUUCUGGCAAAUAUCUAUGGCCUCUGAAAGUUUUGGGAAGGCAAACACUAUAAUAGCAGUGCACUGACAAUUAACAAGUUUGGUCUUCAAUUUAUGCAGGUGAAUACAUCAAAUCUAGACUGUGUACUUUAAGUGCCUUCUGGUUUGAAUGGACCAAGAUGAAUGAAAUCACUGCGUCUCAUUUAGCUAAUCUUAAGUGACAUUGAUAUUACAAUGUGGUUGUAACAUUUGCAUCCAAGAAGAGAGUAGCAUUGGAGCCAACCUUCAGAUUCAUUUCACAUAGCAACGGGGAUAGCAUUCUUCCUUUGCAGACAGUUAUGAGCUACAAGAUAUAUAUGGAUGCAUGCCAUCCCCAACGUAAACUUUUACAUUUGUUCUGUAAAACUGAGCUGAUGCCUUGCUAUUGUUCAUAUUUCCACUGUGGCAUCUUUCCACAAAUCAUGAAGAAUUUUUCAGUCUUGCCAAGGUCUUCACUGAGCUUUUCACAAUAGAAGAGUGUAAUGGAAACAGUGCUGUGAUCAUGAUACCAUCAGUGAAACUUUAGACUAUCAUUUGAUUGCUGACUGAUUCAUUGCACAGAAAAAACACAUGCUAUUCUUCAUGGGCUUUAGAAGGAGAUGAGGGAUUCCAUUUAACAACUUGUGGGCACCUGGAAAGACACUAGGCAUUUAUCAAGGAAAGUACAUCUUUAUCUGGUUGCUAUUUAAGGAAAAGAGAUUAAAGUGAUUUUGAGUAUGUGACUAUUACUGAAAAUUCAUUUUCUGCAGGAAACAUUUCCUGAAUGUCAGCACCUGUCUCUUUAAAUUUUAACCAUACAAUUGUUUUUACCUGUUUGCUGUAUGAAAUAUCAGAGCACAUCAAGCAGUCACAUUUGCUACAUAAAGAUUACUGUCUCAGCCUCAAGGGAAGUAUGUAGGAGACCCAAGGGUUACAAGAGAACACUACUAUACCUCAACAUGGAUGUCAUUUAACAUUCAUUUGUGACAUUCCAUCAAAAUAAAAAGAGGAGCUCCUCUUCUCUUGGAGAUAAAGGCUCUCAUUCUGAAGCAUGGAAACCAAAUAAGGUAAAGUUCAUUAUAUAUAAAAGGCUGAUACUACUCUCUGUACCAGUGCACAAGAAUUUUGGUCUUUGGACAUGCAGCAAACAAUAUUUGUUGUUCACAAUCAUUUCUCACAAAAUAUUUAACUCUGAGAGUUCAUAUAUUCAUCUUUGACACACAAGUUCAUACAUAUUGUGGGACAGAAAAGAUCAAAUGUGAGAAACUUAGGUUGCAAUUAGAAAUGGUAUUUCUGAAGGUAUCUGUUAGUAACGUUGUAGUGGUCAGUAAUGAUGGACUGAGCAAGGUAUCUACAGCCCAAAAUAUCCAUUAAAUCUGCUUUUCCAACACAAAUGUCCUCUAAACCGGAGAAGUACUUUGAUUAUUUUAAUUCACUCUUUGCAUUUGUAAACAUUGGAAUAUCCUCCAUAUAUUUACUUAACCUACCUCACAGGGCUGUUGUGAGGAUCAUUGAUAUCUGUACAAUGCUUUAGAAAAAAAUUAAAAGAUUAUGUAUGUGGCAA